CGCUUUUAGAGGCCAGUCAGUUGCUUCCUUGCCUUCAAAAGGUGUUGGUCUCCGUAAAUUCACGCGAUGUUUAAAACUUUUAAAAAGUCCAAGAACUUCUCGAUUCGCAAAUGUGUCAGUGUCCUAUUAUUUAUCAUUUUAGCAUCAUCAAUAUCUGGAGGUGAAACGUCUGCAGUUUUGCAUCGACACAAAAGAAAUACUGCUCUGGAUACUCCGAUUACAGACCCAACAGACAUAAACCAAUGGUUGCCAGCCGGGCGCUACGGAAUUGUGCAGCAGGCGUGUUUGCGCUGCAUCAAAAAGUUAAUGGACUACGGCAAAAGCUGCUCAGGCAACCAGUGUGGCCCUUUUGGCAUUCAAAUGCCUUAUUAUAAUGAUGCAAGUGCUGUCAAUAACUUGGACAACAGUGAUUACAAACGGUGUGUGUUGGAUUAUUAUUGCGCUGCGUCCACAGUCCAAAACUACAUGUGGAGAUACAAUCAGGACUGUAAUGGCAAUGGCGUUUAUGGCGAGUGCAGAGACUUUGCUUACAUUCACCUUUUGGGGCCUAAUGGUUGCAGCAAUACACCCCCUCAGCGUUAUUUGGAUGGACUUGACAGCUGCUACAAUCAGCAAGGCUAAUUUUUACACACUAAAUAACAUAACAUCUUUUAUGAGACGCAUUUAUUAAUGAAAAGUAAAAUUUUGAAUUUUUUUUUAUAAAUUUUCUUCCAAUAAAAAUAAUAUAUCCAAAUUUAUAAUUUUAGGUCUUUAAUACUGGUAUUUUAAAAAAGCACGGAAAAAGCACUACUUAUUAAAUCUGAUUUCAAUAUUUUUCAUUCAAAAAUCAGUGGCAUAUGUUCAACCGAAAAUAUACUCUUUAGGAAGCCAAAAUUUAGAAGUUUUAAAAUUAUUAUUAAUUUCAUUAAGUAUGGGAGCUUUUUUAUUUUGUGUCUUUAAAAAGUUGAGUAGGAAACUUGACUGGGAGCAAAAGUGAAAAUUCGCUUACGACAUAACAUGUCAAUGCCUUCUUUCAUUUCUUCUUUCUUUUCGCGUUUAUCAGGCGAGACCUUCUCUCUUUCGAAAAGCGACGUUCAUUUUUGAAACUUAAUUUCCUGCUAGCGCGCGCCCGUGCUCUUCACAAAUAUAACCACAAUAAAGUGCGUAUCAAAUCUAGAAAGAGAGAAGGGCUGAUCGGACACGAAAGAUGCCACGCACCAUCCACAGAGAGAAAUAAUAAUAAAGCGCGAUAUCGCGGGCAGGAAACCGAGAAAGAGAGGAGAAAAAGAAGACGAGAGCUGUCUUUCGCUCUUUUUGAAAGGCACCACAGAUUUCUUUGCUCUUUUUCUUUUUGCGGCAGCGGCGUCGCCCGCGAAAUUGAUUAGGUUUCUUCUCGAGUGUUUCUAUUCAAAGACAAACACGUCGCGUUGAGUCUUGAGAAGAAAUCGGCAAUACAUAAUGCGGCCGCAGGAAAUUUCGUUUCGGCAGAAAGAAAGAUAAAACAUGAAAAGUCGGAAUUGACUUUUCAUGACGUUUUGCUUUAUUCAACUCCCUCUUCCUGUGCCGUGUCACCAUAUAAAGGAACAAAAGUGAAAUUUAAGAACUCCCACGAAUCAUCGCAAAAUGUUUUUUUUAGACAUUCGUUAAAACGUUUAAUAUUAAAAGUUUUAAUGUUAGUGAUAACCCGCUUAAAAUUAAUUUUGGGGUCAUAAAUUAUUUACAAUUGGAGCAUUUGCAGCUUUUAUGGCUGUAAGAUCAGAAUAGAUUGCAUUAAUAAC